GAAGGAGUCUUGGAAAAACUGCAAGUCCCAGAGAUCCCCGCAUCAGUGAACCUCCAGCCCGGGCUUCAAUAACAUGGCAGCGCCGUCCAGCAACACAUGCGGGCUCACGGAGCGCUCUAUCCGGGAGCGGGUCCCCCCUCUGCUCACCGACCUGUACCAGGUCACCAUGGCGUACGCGUACUGGCGGACCGGGCGGCACCAGGAGCCCGCCGUGUUCGAGCUCUUCUUCAGGAACAACCCUUUCGGCGGAGGCUUCACGCUGUUCGCCGGGAUGCAAGACUGUCUGCUGUUCCUGCGCAGCUUUCACUUCACAGACGAAGAUGUGGAGUUCCUGCGCUCAGUCCUGCCCCCGGCCACAGACCCCGCCUUCUUCCAGUUCCUGCGAGGCCUGGACUGCUCUGGCGUCACACUCCGUGCCAUCCCAGAGGGCACUGUGGUGUUUGCGAGGGUGCCUCUGAUGGAGGUGGCAGGUCCGCUCGCUGUUGUUCAACUGCUGGAGACUAGUCUAUUGUGUCUGGUCAACUACGCCAGUCUGGUGUGCAGCAACGCGGCACGUUUCCGCCUGGCGGCCGGCCCCAAGAGGAAGCUGUUGGAACUGGGCCUCAGGAGGGCCCAGGGACCAGAUGGAGGGCUCACCGCCUCACGAUACACACACAUUGGAGGGUUUGAUUUCACCAGUAACGUUCAGGCUGGUUUCCAGUAUGGGGUCCCAGUUGCAGGGACCAUGGCACACUCCUACGUCACGUCCUUUACCUCCCUGGAGGAAGUCUUGCCAAAAACUCUUGUGGCGGUGAACGGGGACUCCACUCCAGUGGACAUAAUUUUGUUGACAAAGGGCUGGUUGAGUCGUGUGUGUGAGCUCCUGGGAUCGCAGCCUGGGAAGAUCCACGAGGGCGAGUUGGCGGCCUUUUUGUCCUACGCCAUCGCCUACCCUCAGAACUUCCUCCCUGUGAUUGACAGCUUCAGCGUCAGCUGCAGUGGUCUGUUGAACUUCUGUGCUGUGGCCUUGGCGUUGUGUGAGUUGGACUACAAACCGCUCGGAGUCCGUCUGGACAGCGGAGAUCUCUGCAGGCAGUCGCUGGAAGUCCGCCGUGUGUUCAGACUCUGCAGCAAGCAUUUCUCCGUCUCUGCCUUCGACUCUCUGACUAUCGUCGGGACCAACAACAUCACAGAGCAGAGCAUGGCGGAGCUCAACGAGAAGGAGAAUGAGAUCGAUGUGGUUGGUGUUGGAACACAUCUGGUCACCUGCACACAACAACCCUCGCUGGGCUGUGUGUACAAGCUGGUGGAGGUGAGGGCUAGUCCCAGGAUGAAGAUUAGCGAGGACCCAGAGAAGAGCACUGUCCCUGGGAGGAAAGCUGUCUACAGGCUGAUAGAUGCUGAGGGCCAUGCUUUUCUGGACCUGGUGUGUCUGGUAGCGGAGGCUCCUCCUGAGGCAGGGGUCUCUCUGAGCUGUUACCCUCUGAGCUGCGACACGUCCUGUGUGUCAGUCAUUCCCGCUCAGGUCAUCUGUCUGCGCCAGGACAUGUUCACCAAAGGACGGGUCACACAGCCUCUGUGCAGCGCUACAGAAACUAGAGCAAAGGUCCAGAGCUCCCUCCAGACUCUGCACCCUCGACACAAGAGGCUGCAGGAGCCAGACUCUUACACAGUGGCGCUGUCAGAGAAGCUCCAUACCCUGGUCACAGAGAUCCGAGAAGGAAGCUCCAACAACAGCAACUUUCUGUUAGCCAACUAAGAAGACAACUGCUUUGUUUUCAUCUCCUGUUGUUAUUCUAAACAUUCUUUUUCCAAAGUAACUGAAAUUAAAAUUGAUUAAAUUGAUGGAUAAUGAAACUGUUGGGAACCGUCAGUCACACAUGCUGUUAACACAUCAAUGUGGAUAACAUUAUAAGCUAAUGGUCUUUGACCUAUUAUCCCCCGAUAUAUUUAUGGUUUGAGUCUGGGAUAAACAUUUAAAUAAAGAAGUCUCACUGUUAAAAAUGUUAAGAAAAAUGAACGUGCUAAUUAUCUCAAAUUGAUCAAAAAACUAACCUAAAUAUAUUCCUAAAAAAGGUUUAUUCACAUCAAUAAUAAGAGUUGAACAUUCUUAACCUAAAAAAUAAAUCUUUAGAAGAAGAUGAAGAAGAUUCAACUUAUUGUCAUUACGUGGUACAGGUACUAUGUAACGAAAUGAUUUCUCUGCAUUUGACCCAUCCUAGUGUUAGGAGCAGUGGGCUGCCAUUAUGUACGGCGCCCGGGGACUUUAUUUACCUCUGGAUAAAGGUAGUACAUUUGCUGUCAUCCAUCAGUUAUUGCUGUGAACAUUGGGAGUAAAAAGUGCCCAUAUUUAAAAUGUUGAAUGAGUUGCAGGACAAAAAAUAUAGAUAUUUUAUUUACUCGUGAAGUAACUCUUGAACCAUGUAUGUGAACCAAGAAAGAAACUACAGAUUGACCCUUUAAUAUACAAAAUGUUAUAGUUAGCAGGCGCAGUAUACAAGUCAAACAGUAUUUGUAUACUGUCUUAAAUUUCUCAGACAAAUCUUGUACUUUUCAUUUUUAUUACCUUGUCAAAAUGUGUCUGGGGAUCAUCUAUUUAACCUAACGUUCGAUAUAAUCAUCAAACAACUAUAUUGCAGCAUCCAGGGGAAAUAAAGUUACUUUUCUCAGGACUUGGUGGGAACCAAAAUAAGUAAAAGAAGAUUAAAAGCUGCACAUAUAUUCAUCGGGUUGACAAAAACACAACUGCAAUGCGAUGUUAAAGUUGCUGUUCUGUAAAUAGCAUAGGUAAAUACGCAGUUUGCUAACACAAGUACCAGAACCACCUUAUAAUAUGUCAGUGCUAUGUUUUUCAGCUUUUGUAUGCCCUCUAGUGACUACAAAAAGUAUUAAUGCAACUUUACCUUCUGACAAUAUUUUGUAUUAUUAUUUUAAUACCAAAUCAAACAAAACUUAUAUGUGUAUUUUUGUUUCAUACAUCAUUUUUAUUAAAGCCACUAAGUAUAGAAUUGUAUCUUGGUCUGUAAAUAUCUGUGCAAACUAUUUGGGAUUAAAGAAAGAUGUAUGAAGAUU